AUGUGCUUUGCUGGGCUUGCGCUUCUGGCAGAGCUCUUUGCGCGCUUCGCUAUCCAGGUUCUUUUGCUGCUGCUUUGCACCACUGAGUAUAUCCAGGUCACUUGCUCGCCAGGCUGCUUCAGCACCCCUGUAGAGCUCUUUGGCACUUGCUUUAGCACCCCUGUGGAGCUCUUUGGCAUUUGCUUGGACUUCCCCGUGAAUAACACCCUCAAUUCGAAUAAGUUUCAAGAAACUCAGUGCUGCAAGCAUCAGUCAUUUGAACCCAACACACAUCAGUGGAAUCACUACAUCCUUGACGAGGAGUUUUGCAUCCCUUGUUUUGUUGGAAGUAGUUCAUCAGAAGUCUGCGAUCCUAUCAUGACCACCGCAGGUGGACCUGCGCCUACGGGCAUUCCAUUAUCUGAAUACAGAAAGGAUGUGCCGCCCGGCUGGAUGCCAGGCAUUCCUGAUUACAGCCUGCGUCUGUACCUGGACCGUGUCCGUAUGUGGUAUCGGCUGUAUGAUGGACCGGACGAAACGGUUGGUCCUCUUCUUGCAGGAAGACUUGGCGGCAGGGCUCAGAAAAUAGCCUUAUCAUUACGAUUGCCUGAUCCUCAUGGAAAUGUAGAUGUUGGUGACGCUGCGUUGGUGAGAUUAGCAGUUGAUGAGGUAAGAGACCCAAACAAUCCAGCCAUGAUCAUUCAGCACCCCAUUGUUUCUGGUGUUCAAGCUCUCUUCAACGCCUUGCGUGAUGCUUUUGGUGAAGGAGAUCAGGUCCGCGCCACUCAAUCUCUUGAGAGCUUCUUUGACUUUCGUCGUGGACGUCUCAGUCUAGCAGAAUACAGUGCUGAGUGGACCAUGCGAAUGGAAGAAGCAAUGGCGCAUGCUGGCUUGGACAUCAACAAUGUUGCGAGAACCUUUUUGUACUUCAGAGGAAGCCAAUUGCCACAACGCCACAUUGAUGACAUCCUUAUGCAAAUCCAAGGUGACCUCAAUCGCUUCAACGAUGCACGUGCUCUUGCUCUUCGUCUGGCACACCGCCAAGGUGUUGAUGCUGCCAACAACCACUAUGAGCAGACUGAAGAGUACUACAUUGGCGAUGAUGCAUGGUCAUCGGAAGAUUGGCAGGGUUCCAACUAUUGGCAUGGAGACUGGUACUAUGAAGGAGAUGACUAUGACGAUGGCUCUGGGCAGUACUACGAAGAAUGGCCUGAUGAAUACUGGUCCGAAGAGCAGUGGCCAGAAGAUCCCACUUCACAACAACCGUCUUCUGAAACUGCCGGAGCUGAAGAUCAAGAAUACAACAAAGACCAGUCUCCCAAUGUCAACUACAAGAAGAACCUUGGCAUCGGAUGCACAGUUUGUGGUUCAAAAUGGCAUGAGGCUUCAGUUUGUCCCAUGUCGAACUCCAGCUAUGGCAAGGGCAAGUUCAAAGGCAAGAGCAAAGGAAAAGGCAAGUUUUGGAAAGGCAAAGGAAAAGGAAAACCUGGAUGGUCUCGCGGCUUCUACCGUCGCCCUUGGAGUUCAUGGAGAGGCAAAGGCAAGGGCUACGGCAAACACUAUGUGGAUGGAGAGGACUAUGACGAUUCCUAUGCAUGGAACUGGAACAAUGACUAUUUCAUCAGUCGACAAGAACGAGAUCGGCUGCAGCUUCAUCAUGCACGAUCGGGUCUUCCUGCGGAGACAUCACAACCCGAUCUAACCAUGUCAUCAACUGCAUCUCCUACCACAACUAUGAAUGAGCCGCGAGGAAGUGAAGAGGUACUUUCAUUUGGAAACAAGACGUCUAUGACAAGUGCCGCAGAGAACAAGACUUCUUUGCCGACCAAAACUUUGGCCUUUCCCAUGUUCCAUGAACCCUCGACCAUUUUUCAUCAAGUUCGAGGUUCCAAGCGUCGAGGCCUACUUGUGGACCCUGGUGCCAGUGCAGGCAUCAUUGGGUCAGAAACACUCAGAGAUAUCCUCGACAACGUGGCCAUGCUGAGAGACAAACCAUCGAUGGUUGAGUGGUCAGAUCGAUCCACAUCAGUCACUGGAAUCUCAGGUCAGAAUGACUCCACGCUGGCACAUGUGACAUUCCCUUUUCAUCUUGGACCAGAACUCAUGGGCACCUUUUCUGCAGAUGUUCUUGGAAAUGAAGGAAGCCUGUGUCCAGCUCUUCUGCCGAACCCAUCUUUGCGGCGAAUCCAUGCUGGAGUGAUGACAGAAUGGUUUUCCAACGGAGAUGGUCUGCUUGUCUACAAAGAUCCCCUUAAUGAGAAAGAGAACAAGAUCCAAGCACUGAGGAUUCUCUUGACAGACUCUGGUCACUAUAUUCUCCCAAUUGAUAACUCUCAAGAACCUGUUGAUCAACAAGAGCAAGUGAAGAUCAACUUCUACUUACGAUCCAUUUUUCAACACUCAUCAGAACAUUGGAACGACAUCCACAAUGACAUUCAAUCAACUUUCAGCACCAGCUCAACAUCACCACAGGCGGCCCUGAUGGAGCCUAAGCAGGGUGAAGCCACGACACUUGACAACAACCACAACAAGGACCGAUGGGAGAUUGACACAGAGAAUGGCAAGAUUGUGAAGUUUCAUACUCGUCCUCGCUUGGCCUUGUUUGUUCCUCAAGCAGACCAUUGUCCAGUGCCCAUUUCCCAACUGAGCAAGAAGCGAACAACCAAGAUUCACUACCAAGAUGGACACAGUGAAGAAAAGUCCGAUCAGUGGUCUGAUGACGGCAAUGAUCGACUUCUUCACGAUCGUUGGACAGGAUCCACAACAUUUGAGCUUGUUUCAUGCAACAGGCCUGAACAAUUUCAAAUCCAUGAUGAAACAGAUCAGAUGUAUCAAGACAGUGAGCUUGAAUCUUAUCAAGGUGACUUCUUUCCUCACCACAUCACUGAAGACCACAAGAAACGCCUCAUCAAACGCUAUGCUGCUCUCCCAGAGAUGUUCUAUACAAAGACACGCAGACCAGUGGUGCGCCCAGACAAUGUGCGACAGUGGAUGAAACAACAUCGAAAUCAAGGACGAUAUCAUCUCUGGGAAUUGUGCUCUGGUAGCGGUCGAUUGUCUCUGAUUGCCCUUCUCUGCGGACUCACUGUGAUCUUUCCUGUUGACCUGCGAUAUGGCUGGGACAUUGGCUAUGGUCCACAUCAAGCUCUACUACGAGAAGUCCAGAAAACAAUGGAGCCAGAUGUCAUGGUCAUGGAGCCAACAUGUAGGCCAUGGUCAGUCUCAUUCAAUCGCAGCUCACCUGAGAAAGUUGAAGAAGAAAGAGAAGCAGAGAGACCAUGUCUUCGUCACAUACAAGAAUCAGCACGAGAACAAGAUCGCAAGAAUCGAGGUUUUGUUGUCGAACACCCCUGGUCAUCUCACAUAUGGCGAGACACAGAAUAUCCAGGGCACUGCACUCGAACCGACCAAUGCAGAUAUGGCGCAGCUGAUGAGAAUGGUGAACCAGUGCUCAAACCCACUGGUCUUCAGGCCAACUUUGAACUACGAUAUUCAUGCAGUUUGUGCAAAGGACAUGGAGGCAAAAGACAUGCUUGGCUGCAAGGUCAAUAUCAAGGUAUCAAUCGAACUGCUCUUGCAGCGAUGUAUCCUGAAAGAUUUUGCCGAGCAAUUGUCAAGGACAUCAAGCUCUUCUGCAGCCGCAUUCAUGCAGCUCAUGUAGAUGAUCCUGAGAUUGAGGAGCACUACUACACGUGUCCUCGCUGUAACCUGGGACGAUGGGCCAGAGACUUUGAACAACACACCUUCAUGCCUGGCGAAUGCAGAUAUGGUCGGUGGCCACAGAAUGAGAAACCCAAGACCAUCAAGGAGCAGAUUGCCGAACGUGAGAAGGAUGCCAGCAAGACACCCUUGGAUCUUUAUCGCGAUGACGCGGUGAACAAUCGACGUCUUAGAGAGGCCAAGCUGAGCACCCUUCCUGAACUUCCUCUGAAUGAAGAACAUGGACAGAUUCUGAAGCAUUCACUAUAUCGAAUCUUGGAGCUUUCAGUUCGGCAUCAAGGAACCAACAAAAAUGCCUAUGUUUAUUGGCUUGAAGAUCCGAUCAUUCUGCAGUGGAUGAAAAUCAUUUUUGCGCCAGUCAUGAGAGUCUCUGGACUUUGUACCCAUGUUCAGCCUUGGACGAAACCUUUGCCAACACCAACACUUCGAAUUGAAUCUGGAUAUCUGCGAUUGAUGCUGCGUGGACAGAUGUGGAGUUGGAAGAUGUUUCCAGUUGAAGACCUACGAGAGAUGUCCAAUCAUCAAUGGCAUGAACCUACCGACAUUGACAUGGAUUGGUUGGUCACGCUUUUUGGAACUGAUCCACAAGAAGAAGCACCACCAGCUGCACCUUCUUCAUCAAGCACACAGGCUAAGAAAUAUCAGAGCUCUCCUACUACUCCAACUACCAAGCGAUCUCCUGGCACACCUUUGUCGAAGGCCUUGACUGGAGCUCCAAAGACACCAGCACCAGAAGAGCCUGAUCCAAUAUUAGAGAUUCUUGAAGAACCUCUGAAACCACCAUAUGCUGGAAAUGAAGAUCAGAAGACGGACUAUGAACCCAGCAUUGCCGACUCCGAUGCGUUGCAGAAUCAAGCAGUAAAUGGAGAAGAACAUCAACAUCAAACAGAUGAAGAAGAGGCAGUGGAAGCGAUUGACCAAUCAGCCAAGGAAGAAAUCAUCAAGCCCACUUACGACUUUCGUCGUGUGUAUCGAAAACUGCCAGCACUUGCAUCAUCAGAUGAACAAGCUGCAAAGAGGUUACUUCUGGGACUUCAUGAACGUUUUUGGCAUUGUCCAAUCUCUGACUUUCGCAACAUUCUUUCAAGAUGUGGAAUGCCACCAGAAGUACUUCGACUAGCACCAGAAGCAGUCUCCUCUUGCACAGUUUGUCGCAAGUUUGUCCGUGCAACAAGACGGCCACAGGUCAAGACUAGCCUUGCUUGUGAUUUCAAUGAAUGCAUCCAGGUGGACAUCUUUUACUUUCAGGGCGACAUGUUCCUGAUCAUUGUGGACGAGGCGACACGGUUCAAGAGUGGUGGCAUGUUGAAAAGCCGCGAGUUAUCUUCCAUCCUCAACUGUCUCAUCAACAAUUGGCUUCGCUUCUUUGGACCACCAAGAGAACUAGUGGCAGACCAAGAAUCGUCCAUUAUGACUCAAGAUGCUGGCGCUGAGAUGGAUCGCCUUCACAUCGCAAGGAAACCCAAAGGAACAACCACUGGCCGUGAAGGAAAGAAACACACUGGAACAGGUCUUGUGGAGAAACACAUUGACCUGACCAAAAACAGCAUGCUCAAGAUCAAGGAGGAAGCUGCUCGAUACAACAUCAUUGUGGAAAAGGAAGAGCUCCUAUCAGAAUCUUUGAUGGCACAGAAUAGCACUCUGAAUUUUGGUGGAUACACGCCAGCGAUGUGUGUUUUCGGAGUGCUCCCUCGAGGAUUCAUGAACGUUGAUGCGGUGAACAUUGCAGUAGAAGGAGCUGAUCCUACAACAUCCACUUUUGAGCGAGCAGCACGUCUCAGGCAGAUUGCUCUUGCUGCGUCACAGAGAUCAAUCAUUGAGGACAGAAUGCUUCGUGCAGGACGAACCAGACCUCAACACAUUGACACGACAGCCAUGAUUCCAGGAAUGACUGAAGUUGAAAUUUUCAGAGAAGAUCCUGCCAAUGCCGGUCAUGGUUGGAGAGGUCCAGCUCAACUUCUUGAUCUGGAUGAGAACAAUGGGACUGUCAUUGUCAAGUACCAAGGACGAGCAUACUUGAUGUCUAUUCGACACAUACGUCCAUUUCGAGGUCAUUUCUUUAAUCAAGAUGAUCACGCAGUACAAGAGCAAGCACUGCACAGACUACAACACCUUGUUGAUCAUUGCACACCAUAUCGCAUGCAUGCACGUGGCCAGAUCUACAUCAAGGACACCAACACCGGAGCAGAAUCUUGGAAGAACUUUCCUGCAGAUCUGAACAUGCAGGAGGAUCAGGUGAUACGGGAUGCCAGCAUGGUAGCAAAGUAUUUCAACAUGAAUCUGUUUCAUGGUGUUCGAUAUGGUAGAGCCUUGAAGUCAAUCUAUGUACCAAAGUAUACCAAGGGCAUUCUCAUUUGUUGGCCUACGGGAACCAAAGAUUGUGUGAUGACCGAACAUUUGACAGACCAGCACAUCUCCAUCAAGAAGGAAAUGCUGCGAGUUCUGGAUGACAUUAGCUCCAUGUACCUGUAUUGCUAUGUUUUCUUUGAGGAAACCACUGGACCUAUCAAAUCGACAUCAAGACAGCCACCAAGCAAUGCAAGUACGUCAGCUCCCAUGUCUCUUCCAGACAUAGAGAUGGAUGAGCGAGAUGGACAUCAUCGCACAUCACUCAAACGAGACGGCCCAGAGACCAGAACAGUGAUCAUUGGACAGGAACGUAAACGACAGAAGACACAUUUUGCCAUUUCCUUGGAAGAACUGCAUUUGCGAUCUUUGUGGUGGAUGCUGCAGAGACCGAUUCGAGUGAAUUGGGACCCACUUUGUUUCUAUGAGAACAUGACUGUAGACAAGAAUGAGUUCCUCAAUAAGAAUCACAACAUGGUCCAUCACUCACAAGCUCUCUUCAGUCUUCCAUGUAAGAAGCAAGCAGUUCUACAUGUAGACAUUCGAGAAGGACAUGUUUUUCGUGUUGAUGAAGAUACACAAGUUCUCACAGAUGAAGAUCUUUGUCAACACUGGCAUGAAUUUGAAGUGGCAGAUGAGGCUGAGUUGCGACAGUUCAUACAGGAGAAAGCAUUUACCAAAGUGCACAAAACAAAGGUGACAGAUGACAUGGUAGUUGUGGAUUGCACCUGGGUGCGCAAGUUCAAGCGGAUGAGUGAUGGCUCACGAAAAGCCACAAGUAGACUUUGCGCACGUGGUUUCUUAGAUCCACAGAGAUAUGACAUGCCUACCAGAUCAACCACAGCCACUAGACUGUCACAACGUCUUGUCCUAUCUAUGUGCACUUUAUACAACAUGACCAUGGAAAGUUGGGACAUUUCCGGUGCUUUUCUCAAAGGUUUUUCAUUUGAGCGUGUUCGACAGCUUCUCCAGCGAAAAGGCAUUUCCACACCAGUUCGUGUUGUUGCAGUGGUUCCACCAGCAAACACAUGGCGUCAUUUGGCGAAAUUUGACGCCUCAUUUGCAGUUCCUGAGCAUGAACUUGAUGAGUGGUUGCUGAUUUGCGAAAAGCCAAUAUAUGGAUUGAAUGAUGCCCCUUUGGCAUGGCAGUUGAACAUUCAUGAUCAUUUGGAAAGCCAAGAAGGAUGUCAAUCAGUUUUGGAUGAGAACCUAUUUUUUUGGAAAGACAAAGGACUCACUGCACUUAUCACGACACAUGUUGAUGAUUUAGCUGUGUGUGCCAACCGUGCUUUCUUGGAUCAACAGUACAAAGCUCUGACAGUCAAGUACGGCAAGGUAUCACAAGAGAAGCUUCCCUUCUCACACUGUGGAAGCAGGUAUAGCUCAACCAACACUGGUCUUCGUAUGGACCAAUCAGAUUUCUGUGCGAACCUCAAGGAAGUGCCAGUUGCGAACUCACUGAAUGACGAGCGAGACCUCACCAAAGAGGAACAGUCAACAUUGCGUUCGCAGUUGGGUGGCCUGUUAUGGUUGGCGGCAACCAGACUGGAUUUAGUUGCUGACAUUGGUGUUCUUCAGAGCUACGUCACAAAGUCCAAGGUCAAACAUCUCAAAGCAGCCAAUUUGGUUGUGCAGAAGGCCAAGGAUCCCAAGUUCAGAGAUUUGGGUUUGGUCUAUCAAAAGUUCAGGCCGGACUCAAAGUGGCGUUUGGCUUGUGUCCACGAUGCCAGUGCGCCAUCCAAACAGCGCGACUAUGCACAGGAAGGAGUUUUGGUUUUACUGAUUGAGGACAGACUUCCAGAGACGGCAGACUAUGACAUUGAUGGUGAAAAGAUUUCUGAAGAGACCUUUGGUGGCCGUGCUCAUGUUCUUUGGAGUCAAGGCUCCAAAUCAAAGCGGAUAUCGUAUUCGACGUCGCAUGGUGAGACGCUGGCGGCCAUCAACGGUAUGGAAACCUCUAGCUUGGUGACAUUGAGAAUCAGUGAGCUGAUUUUGCCAGAGAAGAAGCCAAGCCUACAACGUUUAGCUGCAUUGCAAGAAGGAGGACACGAAGAGCUGCCAAUUGAUCAUUACACAGAUUGCAGAGAUUUAUUUGAGCUGGUGACAGGAAGUAAAUCAUUACCGCAAGAUCGCUCUCAGAGAAUUUACAUUCUUGCUCUGAAAGAGGCUCGACUUUGCGGUCGAAUCAGAUGGUUCUUUCUCAUUCCAACGCAGUGGAUGACAUCAGACCCUCUCACUAAACCUAUGCAUUCUGGACCUUUGCUUCACCUUCUCUCCUCUGGGGUUGUGCAGUUUCGUAACGAAGGAAAACACAUCAUCUGUGGCAGGCGACUUCCAAAACUGGAGAUUGACGACGAAACGAACUUAGAAUAUGAAGAUACGCAGAUCACUCAAGCGCUGCUUCUGGCCUCGCAUUGCUUGGUGCCCAAGAACUUCCGCUAUACAUUCUUUGCGUUGCUUUGCAUGUUCUUGCUGCCGAUGGCGACAUCGAGCCCUAUGACGUCGGGCUCAGGCAAUGGCAGAGCUUACAUGGCGGACUUUGAACAUGGCAAGGGAGCCAAACUGAAGUACCCCUUGGGUUUAGCACCUUCGGGAACCUUCAACUACUUGGAGCAACGAGAGGAGUUCAACGUGCUGUCUGUCUUCAAGAGUCCAAUGGCCAUCAUAGGACUGGUCAGCAUGGGAGCCAUGUUCUUCCUCCCGAAACUCCAGUCCAUGGUUGAGGAAGAGAAGGAGAGACAAGCGCAGGAGCUCCAGGGCGAGCGCGCCAAGGAAGACUGA